AUCCUCUUCUUUAGUCCCGCCUCUCUGGUGCAGUGGUGCCUCUCUUCCCUCUCUCGCGACUUCCCAGUAGCAGCAGCUUACACGCGUCGGUUACCGUCUCUGGUAGCUCAUCACCAUCGCAGCACCUCUGACGCCUCGGCCUCCGCACUAGCUAGCUAACGCCGGUACUAAAUUCUUUCACAUAAACUUACAGUGAUCAAAAUGGAGGUGACACCUGAGAAGGAUGUUGCUGGAAAGGAUUUUUCUCCUUUUGAGCAGGAGAUAUCUGAUGAGUUAGAAGUCAAGGUAAAGAAGUAUCUUAGAGGAGAAGGUGCUAAUCUGGAGGUACUGCAAGAUAAGAAGCUAAAGGGUCAACUUGCUGUCAGAGAAGAAUUAUAUGGAAAAUCUGCUAAAGCUGCUGCUAAGGUGGAGAAGUGGCUUAUGCCAAGUGAAGGAGGCUAUUUGGAGCCUGAAGGUAUUGAGAAGACAUGGAGGAUCAAGCAAGAAGAUAUUGCUCGUGAAGUAGAUAUCUUAAGUGCAAGAAAUCAGUAUGACAUUGUUUUACCAGAACUUGGUCCAUAUACACUGGAUUUCACAGCGAGUGGUCGUUAUAUGGCAGCUGCUGGACGCAAGGGUCAUCUUGCUCUUGUGGACAUGAAGAAUUUGAAUCUAAUUAGAGAAAUUCAGGUCAGAGAAACUGUGCGUGAUGUGGUGUUCCUGCACAAUGAAUUAUUUUUUGCAGUUGCCCAGAAAAAGUAUCCAUAUAUUUAUAAUCGGGAGGGCACUGAGCUUCAUUGUCUAAAGGAGCAUGGCGCAGUACUAAGACUUCAGUUCCUUAAAAAUCAUUUCCUCUUGGCGAUACCCGGAUCAGGUGAACCCAACUUUGAUUCUUGGGUGGCAAAUCCAUACGAAACAUCUAAGCAAAGAAGAGAGAAGGAGGUGCGGUCUCUUCUUGACAAGCUCCCACCCGAAACAAUCAUGCUUGACCCAACGAAGAUUGGGACGGUGAAGCCCCAAAAGAAGAAAGAAAAACCAGCGAAAAAGGAGAGGGAGACUGAGAUGGAAGCUGCCGUUGAAGCUGCCAAAGAUGUUACCCUGAAGAAGAAAACCAAAGGAAGGAAUAAACCGAGUAUGAGAAUGAAGAAGAGAAAGGAGAUCAUUGAGAACGCAAAGAGGCCAUUCUUGGAGCAGCAGUUGAAGGGAGAAGAAUUGUCAAGAAAGAAGCAGAAAGUAAGUCAGGAAAGUGAACUGCCGUUGAGUUUACAGCGAUUUGCUCAUAAGAAACCAUCAUAAACUCUGGUAACUUUUUAUCUCCCAUGUACGACAGUUUAUGAAGAGAUUAAAUUUUGUAUUUUUAUUACUUCCACAAUUUUGUCUGCCA